GUCCAUAAUAUCCAGGAAGGGGGUGAAACUUUUAUUAACUUUAAACCUUGGUAAGUUAUCUAUGAAGGUUUUAAUUUGUACAGUAACCACUAAACGAUUAGAGAAUGUAUAACUUACAAAAUAGUGGGGGAAAUGGAAAGAUUUUUUAAAACUGUCUGUUUAAAAGAAGAGAAGAAAGAAGAAACAAAUAAACCGAAGAAUAAGUCAAGAAGCACAUAAUAAGAUGGCAGAUUUAAACCCAAAUACAUGGGGGAUUAUAUUAAACAGGUGAGUUUAAAGACAGUUAAAUGGUCACAGACAUGCCACAAACAAUUUUGCAUGACAGCUGUCCCCAAAGUGCCCCACCCCUUGAAAGUGGUGGACAACAAGUAGCCUGUUCCUGAGGACUCACGCUGCCCAUUGUGACCAUGACAUCACACAGCAUAACUUGCAGAGUCACACAGGGCUGGCACGUACAUACCUUCUUCACCUUCCAGGCAGGGCAGUUUGGGGUUUUGGCUCUUGCAUCUGCUUUACAUAGUUCUUCUGUCUCACGUGCCGUUUGAUAACUCUGUUCUCUGUGCAGCUGCUCCUGACAGCUCCUUGUCCUUUUUCUAAUCCACUACUCGUGGUCCCAGAGAACAGGAAACGUGAGCUGAUAAGACCUGUGCGUACAAGGCCAACGCUGGGGCAGAGAAAAUCUCUAUUAUUCCCACCAAGGGCCUUUUCCAAGAGGGGCAUUUUGUUUUGACUCUUGGCAGUGACCAUUCUGCUUCAAGAACAAUUUCUCAUGGAGCCAGAAGCCUUGGAAGUUUGCCCUUACAACCCUCACCACCGAAUCCCGCUCAGCAGAUUUCAGUACCACCUGGCAUCAUGCAGGAGAAAGAAUCCCAAGAAAGCCAAAAAGAUGGCCAGCUGCAAAUACAAUGCCUGCCACGUGGUCCCCAUCAAGAAGCUGGAGGAGCACGAGGCUGCCUCUGUCAACAGGAGCACAGCAGAGGAGAACAGCUCGAGCCCUCUCAAAGUUAGCCUUCUGAGUUCAGAGCAGAAUGGAAGUGCCCCUCCGGUGUCCCCCUGGCUCCCCAACGCUGAGGUCUGGAAUGGGCUCCCCAACGCUGAGGUCUGGAAUGUCGAUGGCCCUAACUGCCACCCCAUGUUCAUCCUUAAGACUUUUGUUCCCCAAAAGCUUGUUUGUGAGAGCGACGCAAGAGAGUCAGAGAGAGAGGACCAUCCCCCAUCCCUGACCAGCCCCCAAAAGACCCUCAGACCCAGAGAGCAAACCACAGGCAGCAGAAAGAAGAUGUGUGCCUCUUAAACACGUGAAAGGAGACGCAACUCACCAGAAUAAAAGGCACGGAAAGUGAA